UUGUGUUGGAACGCGCGUCAGUACCCAAGUGAUACACACAAAUAUUUUAACUUUUAUAUGUAUACAUACAUAUACGGCUAAAGAAAUAGGAAAGACUAACAGAAACAAGACAAAAAGAAGAGUAUAUUAAUACUUUAAAAUAUAAAAGAUCUCAAUUAAAACCAACAAGAUGUCUGAAGCCCACUUUGAUGAAUAUGAGCACUACAAUUUUGACCAUGACAAGCACAUGUUCUGUGGCAACAGCGGUAAGCAGCGCUCGAAGAAAGAAGCCAAAAUGCACACAAACCACUUCGACCCCUCAGGACACUCAAGAAAACUAUUGACAAAGCUCAUGAACACCAACAACAACAAAAAGGCUUUCAAAAAUUGAUGGACCCCAUCAGCAACGAAAGAAGACGUAGAAAGAAAGAAAUACCUAAGCAAAAAGAAGUGCGAAGAAACCAUAUCGAAUUUUAGUUACAAAAAAGAAGGUAGAAAUUGAAAAACAACUAAAGGUGAGAAGGAAAGAAGAAGAGGAGAGGGCGGCAGCAGCAGGACUGUCUCUGCUGCAGUGCUUUGGCGUUCGAGGUAGUGGGCGAAUACGAGAAGAGUGGAGAGAGAGAAAUUUGUGAAUGUUAUAAUCAUUUUUAUCCAUUUAUGCUUUCACAAAGACAAAAACAAAAAAACUGUAUUCGUUUACGCUACAAUUUUGAAAACAUAAUACAUAAUUACUAUUUAACUUAAAUUUAAGUCUAGUUCGUUUAUUAUUAUGAAGUUGAUUGAGUUAAAUAUUGAUUAUAAAAUAAAAGGAAACACAAAACUGA